AUGCAUUCCACUACAAUUCUCGCUUCUCUCUUUGCUCUUGCUGGUUUAUCAACUGCCAGUCCAACACCUCAAGCAGCUGAUGACGGAUCAUGGACACCAAACAAAUACGACACAAAACUCUCCACAGAACCAUCAACAACAACCACAGAGGAAGUUAGAAGCGACUCCCCAACCACCAUUCCCUUCCCUCCCAACUCCGGCGCUCUCGCAGGCAAAAAAAUCAGCAUAGCCAACUUCCCCUUCGGCUACACAUUCAAAGACACAAACCUCACCCGCACCUCCAUCUCCAUCCAACUCGACACGCCCUUCGUCUGCUCCACCAAGAACGGCGACAACUGUUCCAUCGGCGACCUCGCCAUCGACAUCUGCUCCAACACCGGCGAGAUAAGCCCCGCGCAAUACGCGCUCAUCCAAUGUCGCACAUCCACCAAAGCUCAUCCAGAUAUGUUUGUGGCGUUUAACAGUGUGACUGUUCAGCCUUUCGUGGUUCCGGGGACGGGCAAUACGAAGACGUUGGAGAUUUUGGAGUGUAGGGUUAUGCCUGAGGGACAGAAUGUGAUUGAGAAGAUUGAGGGGGUGGAGACUAUUGUGCCUUAUGGACGGGGGUUCUGCAGUGGGGCUAGUCCGAAGUAG